AUGCACACAUUUUCCACAUUACCUGUCGAACUAGUUUAUCGAAUUAUGGAUCAUCAAAAUGGCCGGACGCUAUUUUGUUCAAUGCAAAAUAUCUGUCGACGGCUCAAUCAGAUCUUGAGUACUUACCAGCGAUAUCAAACAUUCACCGCGCUUCACCUCGAAGGGAACGAAAUCGGUGCUGAAGGAGCACAACAUAUUGCUAAUGCGCUCCGAACGAAUACGACACUCACCACACUUAACCUCAGUUGGAACCAAAUCGGUGCUGAAGGAGCACAACACCUUGCUAAUGCGCUGCAAACGAAUACGACACUCACCACACUUCACCUCCGUGACAGCCAAAUCGGUGGUGAAGGAGCACAACACAUUGCUAAUGCGCUCCGAACGAAUACGACACUCACCACACUUAACCUCAGUUGCGACGGAAUCGGUGCUGACGGAGCACAACACAUUGCUAAUGCGCUGCGAACGAAUACGACACUCACCACACUUGACCUCAGUUGGAACGGAAUCGGUGCUGAAGGAGCACAACAUAUUGCGGAUGCGUUGCGAACGAACGCAACACUCACCACACUUGACGUCAGUGAGAACGGAAUCCGUGCUGAAGGAGCACAACGUAUUGCGGAUGCGUUGCGAACGAACGCCACACUCACCACACUUUACCUCAGUUCGAACGAAACUGGUGCUGAAGGAGCGCAACACACUGCUACUGCGCUCCGAACGAAUACGACACUCACCACACUUCACUUCAGUGGGAACCGAAUCGGUGCUGGAGGAGCACAACACAUUGCGGAUGCGUUGCGAACGAAUACGACACUCACUACACUAGACCUCAGUAGGAACGAAAUCGGUGCUGAAGCAGCACAACACAUUGCUAGUGCGUUGCGAACGAAUAAGACACUCACUACACUUAACCUCAGUGGGAACGAAAUCGGUGCCGGAGUAGCACAACACAUUGCCGAUGCGUUGCGGACGAAUACGACACUCACUACACUUAACCUCAGUGGGAACGAAAUCGGUGCCGGAGUAGCACAACACAUUGCGGAUGCGUUGCGAACGAAUACGACACUCAGCAAACUUGACUUCAGUGGAAACCGAAUCGGUGAUGAAGGAGCACAACACAUUGCGGAUGCGUUGCGAACGAAUACGACACUCACCACACUUCACCUCAGUAGGAACGAAAUCGGUGCCGGAGGAGCACAACACAUUGCUAAUGCGCUGCGAACGAAUACGACACUCACCACACUUGACCUCAGUGGGAACCGAAUCGGUGAUGAAGGAGCACAACACAUUGCGGAUGCGUUGCGAACGAAUACGACACUCACCACACUUAACCUCUGGAGCAACGAAAUCGGUGCCGAAGGAGCACAACACAUUGCGGAUGCGUUGCGAACGAAUAAGACACUCACCACACUAGACCUCAGUAAGAGCGAAAUCGGUGAUGAAAUAGGUCAACACAUUGCAGAUGUAUUGGAAAGGAAUAUAAGCGCCAAGAUGGUAUAG